CACCAGUUAUGUCUAGGCAAGGAUAUAGCUUUCUCCUUUUUUGGCGUUUUAACAUUUAUUCGUGUAGAGUUUGAAAUCACGUAUGCGUGAAAUGCGGAAGGGACUCCCCUCCCAAAUAUGGCUGCUCAACAACAAAAAAAGGCCUGUCCUCUAUACGUUCGUUACUUGUGUAAAUGGCCAAAAAAAAAAAAAGGAUUUAGGUCUAACAAGUCGGUGAGGGCCCACUGGCCACCUCCAAGGAAUAACGGGAUAAAUAUAAGAAAUUCAAACCUCCUUUUCAUACACCUGAACAACUCAUCACAAAACAGUUUGGCUCGAGUGUAGCUCCUCCGCCAAAUAUAAUUUAUAAGAUUUCUCCGCUGUUUGCUCUUUGUUCAGACUGGUUCUCUCCACUUCUGUGCCCGUAGCUAACAAUCAUCAAGACUCGUAUUUCAGCUCUCACUUUCUCUGUGAUUACACCAGCAAGGAAAAGUGUCGAAUUAAUUAUUGUGUUAGACAGCAAGGAAUAAGAUAUUGUCGAGAAAUGAAGAAAAGUGUCGAACUCUCGUCGGAGGUGUUUCUUACGUCACACCGUUUGGAUAGUGAAAAUGAAACAAAUAAUAAUAACGGUGGGGUUGCUAAUGGUGUCAUCGUACGCAAUGCGAUUAAAAGUUACGGUGUCGGAAGUAAUCGCUACGUUAUACUAAACGGAUUAAACAUGACAGUGAAAAAAGGGACAAUUUACGGAUUGCUGGGGGCCAGCGGCUGCGGUAAGACAACACUGUUAAGUUGUCUCGUCGGACGACGAACCUUAAAUAACGGAGAGGUACUCGUCCUGGGACAUGAGCCGGGCUCUCCUAACAGCGGAAUUCCCGGACCGCAGGUCGGCUACAUGCCACAGGAAUUGGCACUGUACGACUAUUUUACCAUCAAGGAAACCCUGGAAUAUUUCGGGCGCAUUUACAAAUUGAAAAGUGCUUUUGUGAAAUCGCAAUUGAAGUUUCUGUCCAAUUUAUUGGAUCUACCCUCGUGUGAUCGUUACGUCAAGACGCUGAGUGGCGGACAGCAACGGCGCGUCUCGUUCGCCGUCGCUUUGUUUCACGAUCCUGAUUUGCUCAUCUUGGACGAACCGACAGUCGGCGUUGAUCCUUUAUUGAGUAACAGCAUUUGGAAUCAUCUUGUGCGUCUAAGUGUCGACCAUGGAAAAACGGUGAUCGUCACGACUCACUACAUCGAAGAAGCAAAACAAUCGCACACGAUUGGAAUGAUGCGAUCCGGCCGUUUGCUGGUCGAAGAGUUGCCGGCAAAUUUGUUGAGAGAUUACGGACUUUCUUCAUUAGAAGAUGUUUUCCUGAAGCUUUGCCUGAAAGACGAUGGCAAUGUUCCAGCCGGCCAAUCGACUGAAUUGCCCAAUAUUGUAGCUUUAAAAGACACUGACCAAAUCAGUGCCCAACAGCCACCAAAUGGGCAUGUAAACAUGUCCGUCCAACAAGUAAGAAUUCCGUCUUCCAGCAAACGACAAUCUUUUAAAAUGGCACUGCCGUCUCCUCAUCGGGUCGGCGCACUCAUCCGGAAAAAUUAUUUGCUGUCGUUUCGAAAUAUCGGGAUAUUUUUAUUCACGUACUUGUUGCCGGCCUUGCAAGCAGCCCUAUUCAAUGUGACCCUUGGGCACGAGCCAAUGGGCCUGAAAAUGGCCGUCGUCAAUGAAGAAAUCGAUCCGAGUCUGGGCCGCGUUUGCAACUACACGACAGAUUGCGCUUAUUCGAUGCUCAGCUGUCGCUACCUUCGCUACAUCAAUAACAACAUCAUUCAGGUUCCAUAUGAGAAUGUAUCCGCCGCUAUAGAAGCGGGAAGACAUGGGAAAGUCUGGGGUGUCAUCCACUUCGGGAAGAAUUUCACUCAAGAAUUUGAGAUGCGACAGUCGAACGGCGAUUCGGCGGAAUUGGACAAUAUCAUCCGCAGUCGAAUCAGCAUCAACAUGGAUUCUUCCAAUCAGCAGAUUGACGUGUUUAUUGAAAAAUGGCUAGUGGAAGCAUUUGAAAAUUUUAUUCAAGAUUUCUUGAAGGUCUGCGGAAACGUACCAGAAGCUGGUUACUUGCCUAUCGUGUUUCUCGAUCCAGUUUAUGGCCAGAAAAAUACCCCUUUCACUGAAUUUAUGGCCCCCGGUCUUAUUAUCUCAAUUGUGUACAACAUGGCUGUGGCCUUAACAGCCGGUGUUUUCAUCACUGAAAGAAAACAAGGACUCAUCGACCGCAGUCUAGUGGCAGGUGUUCAGAUGCCUGAGAUCUUGCUGAGCUACUUGAUAAACCAGUUUACCAUCAUCAUUGGCCAAACCGCUUUGGUGUACCUGUUCAUGUUAAUGGUGUUCAAGAUUCCUUGUCAGGGCGAUUUGGCGCUAGCCAUUUUGAUCACUCUUCUCCAAGGGCUUGUCGGCAUUUCUUUCGGACUGCUGAUAUCCACCGGAUGCGAUAACGAAAUGGGAGCCCUUUCACUCUCGCAGGCCAGUUUUCUUCCGUUGUUAGUUAUAAGUGGAAUUUGCUGGCCGAUUGAAGGUAUGCCUUUCUACCUGCGCAAAAUCGCAUACGCCAUGCCCUUGACGUACGCCAUCGAAUCUGUCAGAUGCAUUUUCGCAAGAGGCUGGGGUGUGGAGCAGCCCAACGUCUACGCCGGAAUUUUAGUUAGUUGCGGAUGGAUUUUGACUUUUCUCGUUCUCUGCUUGGUUGUCGCUCGCGUCCGCAACUCUUCCAGUUAAUAGAACAUUUUACUUUG